UCUCCUCCCUCUCCCUGCCCCCUUUCCUCUCUCCCUCUCUGCUCCCUCAUUUCCCUUCGGCAGCCGCGGCCGGUUCGGGCACAAUGCUCCGGCUCCUGCACUUGCUGCUGCUCCUGCUGUUGCUGCCUCCCCCCGGCACUCCGGAGCCCCCCGGCCUGGCCGCGCUCUCCCCGGGAGCAUACCCCCAGGCCCCUGACUUGCUCUACGCUGACGGACUGCGCGCCUACGCGGCGGGGGCCUGGGCGUCGGCGGUGGCGCUGCUGCGGGAGGCGCUGCGGAGCCAGGCUGAGCUGGGCCGCAUGCGGCGGGACUGCGGGGUGCGUUGUACGGCGGAGCCGGGGGCCGCUCUCCCCGCCGCGCCCCUCGACGUUCCAGGGCCUGAUUCCCGGCCCCGCCUGGCGCCCGGGGCCUGGGAGCCGCUGUUACUCCGCGCCGCGCUGCGCCGCGCCGAGUGUUUGAGCCACUGCGCCGUGCGAAGGUUGGGCCCCGGGGGCGCGGCGCGGCUCCGCGUGGGGAGCGCGCUGCGGGACGCCUUCCGCCGCCGGGAGCCCUACAACUACCUGCAGAGGGCCUACUACCAGCUUAAGAAGUUGGACCUGGCAGCAGCUGCAGCUCACACCUUCUUUAUAGCAAACCCCAAGCACCUGCAGAUGCGGGAGGACAUGGCUAAGUAUAGACGGAUGUCUGGGAUUCGGCAGCAGAGCUUCCGGGACCUGGAGACACCCCCACACUGGGCAGCCUAUGACUCGGGUCUGGAACUACUCGGGCGCCAGGAGGCAGGACUGGCACUGCCCAGGCUCGAGGAAGCCCUGCACGAGAGCCUGGCCCAGAUGGAGAGCUGCCGGGCUGGCUGUGAGGGGCCUGAGGAGCAGCAAAGAGACGAAGAGGAGGAGGAAGGAACUGGGAACCACGGGGGUCUCUAUGAGGCCAUUGCAGGGCACUGGAUUCGGGUCCUGCAGUGCCGGCAGCGCUGUGUGGGGGACACAGCUACAAGGCCUGGACGCAGCUUCCCUGUCCCUGACUUCCUUCCCAGCCAGCUGAGGCGGCUGCAUGAGGCCCAUGCUCAGGUGGGGAAUUUGUCCCAGGCUAUAGAAAAUGUCCUGAGUGUCCUGCUGUUCUACCCGGAGGACGAGGAGGCCAAAGAAGCUCUCAACCAGUACCAGGCCCAGCUGGGGGAGCCAAGACCUGGCCUUGGGCCAAGAGAGGACAUCCGGCAAUAUGUCCUUCGAUCCCUGGGGGAGAAGAGACAACUCUACUAUGCCAUGGAGCACCUGGGGACCAGCUUCAAGGAUCCUGAUCCCUGGACCCCAACAGCUUUCAUCCCUGAGAGGCUUAGAGAAAAGCUCAGAGAGGAUCAAGAGCAGCGGCCUUGGGAUCAGGAGCCUCCACAGCCGAAGCCCUUGACUGACUGGAAGGAUGUCCUCCUCCUGGAGGGAGUAACCUUGACCCAGGAUGCAAGACAGCUGAAUGGGUCUGAGCGAGCAGUGUUGGAUGGUCUGCUCACCCCAGCUGAGUGUGGGGUGCUGCUGCAGCUGGCCAAGGAUGCAGCUGAGGCUGGAGCCAGGUCUGGCUAUCGGGGCCGCCGCUCCCCGCACACCCCCCACGAACACUUCGAUGGGCUCACGGUGCUCAAGGCUGCACAGUUGGCCCGGGCUGGGGCUGUGGGCACUCAGGGCGCUAAGCUGCUUCUGGAGGUGAGCGAACGUGUGCGGACCUUGACUCAGGCCUACUUCUCCCCGGAAAGGCCCCUGCAUCUCUCCUUCACCCACCUGGUGUGCCGAAGUGCCAUCGAAGGGGAGCAAGAGCAGCGCAUGGACCUGAGUCACCCAGUGCAUGCCGACAAUUGCAUCCUGGACCCUGACACCGGAGAGUGCUGGCGGGAGCCCCCUGCCUACACCUAUCGAGAUUAUAGUGGACUCCUCUACCUCAACGAUGACUUCCAGGGUGGAGACUUGUUCUUCACAGAGCCCAACGCCCUCACUGUCAGGGCUCAGGUUCGUCCUCGCUGCGGGCGCCUUGUGGCCUUCAGCUCUGGUGGGGAGAAUCCCCACGGUGUGUGGGCCGUGACGCGGGGCCGGCGCUGUGCCCUGGCACUGUGGCACACAUGGGCAUCUGAGCACAAGGAGCAGGAGUGGACAGAAGCCAAAGAGCUGCUGCAGGAGCCAGAGGAAAAGGAGGACGAGGAAGAGGAAAAAGAAAUGCCCAGCAGAGACCCUUCCCCAGAGCCUCCCAGCUACAGACUUCAGCGGGUCCAGGACAAAUCUGAGAAACCGCCUCGGGUCCGAGAGGAGCUAUGAGGGGCUAGCCAGCUCCUUGGGGAUGUGGCCACUUGA